AUGGCCCCCCCCGCGCAGCCGGGGGUGCCGGGCGGGCGCGGCUCUAAGGUGCCCCCGGCGCGGAAGCUGCUCUGCAUGUGCAGCCUCUCGCUCUGCCUCACCUACCUGUGCUACAGCUUGAUGGGGGGCGCGGGCCCGGCCGCCCUACGUUCCCCGGCCGCGCUCCCCGCCACGGCGGCCCCCGGCGCCCCGCGUUCCCCGGCCGCGCUCCUGGGCACGGCGGCCCCGCGCUCCCCUCCCGGCCCGCCCGGCAGCUCCGCUGCCCCCACCGCCUCCGCCGCUCCGCCGCGGGCCUCCAACGGCAGCCGGGACGCGGGCGCCUGGACGCGGACGCCGCUGGCCCCCGGGGAAGCGAUCGCGGCGCAGAGCGGAGCCUUCGAGAGAGACCCGCAGGAGUCCAGCACCACGGACGAGGAGCUGAGCCGCGCCGGGAGCCGCGGCACCACGCCGGACUACGGCGAGAAGCGGCUGCCGCAGGCGCUCAUCAUCGGGGUGAAGAAGGGCGGGACGCGGGCGCUGCUGGAGGCCAUCCGCGCUCACCCCGACGUGAGGGCUGUGGGCACCGAGCCCCACUUCUUCGACCGCAACUACGAGAAGGGGCUGCAGUGGUACAGGGACGUGAUGCCCAAGACGUUGGAAGGCCAGAUCACCAUGGAGAAAACCCCCAGCUACUUUGUGACCAAUGAGGCCCCCAGGCGCAUCCACUCCAUGGCCAAGGACACCAAGCUGAUCGUGGUAGUUCGCAACCCAGUCACCCGCGCCAUCUCGGACUACACGCAGACGCUCUCCAAGAAGCCAGAGAUCCCCACCUUUGAGGUGUUGGCCUUCAAGAACCGGACCCUGGGGCUGAUUGACGCUUCCUGGAGCGCCAUCCGCAUCGGCAUCUACGCUCUGCACCUGGAGAACUGGCUGCAGUACUUCCCCCUCUCCCAGAUUCUCUUUGUCAGUGGUGAGAGGCUCAUCACAGACCCAGCCGGGGAGAUGGCCAAGGUCCAGGACUUCUUAGGCCUCAAGAGGAUUGUGACAGAGAAACAUUUUUAUUUUAAUAAAACCAAGGGGUUCCCCUGUCUAAAGAAGCCGGAGGACAGCAGUGCUCCCCGGUGCUUGGGCAAGUCCAAGGGUCGGACUCACCCCAAAAUAGACCCUGACGUCAUCCACAGACUGCGGAAGUUUUACAAACCAUUCAAUGUCAUGUUUUACCAAAUGACAGGCCAGGAUUUCGAGUGGGAGCGGGAAGAAAGUGAGAAGUAG